AUGAGCACAGAGGAGGGAGAGGCGGGCGGAGGCACCGCCGUCGCCCACCGCCACACCUGGGAGGAGGGCGAACCGCGCGGCGCCCAAGGACGUCCGCGUCCCGACGACGAGGACACGGAGGAGCAGGGACGGGAGGAAGAGGAAGCAGAGGACCGCCGGGAGGGCCGGAGCUGCGGGGAAACGUGUGAGGGGAACGCGGAGAAUUUCUCCAGCGAGGAUGGGGCGGUCGGGGGCACGUCGUGCAAGACGCAGGCGAUGCACUCAAACUGCAGCAGCGAAACCUGCAUCCCCACUCCCAGCUGCCGGAUCUGCUUCCAAGGCGCAGAGCAGGGCGACCUGUUGAACCCUUGUCGGUGUGACGGCUCGGUGCGUUACACCCACCAGCACUGCCUGCUGAAGUGGAUCAGUGAGCGAGGCUGCUGGACCUGCGAGCUCUGCUGCUAUCGCUUCCACGUCAUCGCCAUCAACAUGAAGAGACCGUGGCAGUGGCAGUCCAUCACCAUCACCCUGGUGGAGAAGGUGCAGAUCAUUGCCGUGUUCCUGGGCUCUCUCUUCUUGGUGGCCAGCAUCUCCUGGCUGCUGUGGUCGGCUCUCAGCCCGCAGGCCGUCUGGCAGCGGCGGGACGUCCUCUUCCAGAUCUGCUACGGCAUGUACGGCUUCAUGGACCUGGUCUGCGUAGGUUUGAUUGUCCAUGAGGGGGCAGCAGUGUACAACGUCUUCAUGCGCUGGCGGGCCGUAAACCUCCACUGGGACGUUCAGAGCUACGAUAAGGCCAAGGACAUGGAGGAGACGAGCACCGGUCAUUCCUCGUUGGCCCCCAGGACGCUUUUGUUGCCCCUGGCCACCUUUGGCCCCAACGGCCCCUCACACGCCACCCAACUUGGGCCGCAGCCAUGGACCUGCCUCUGUUUGGCCCCUCUCUGUCCCAGCCUAGUGCCCCAAAACAACCUCAGCCAGGACAGUGACUCAGGAGAGGUUGUCAUUCGUGUAACAUCGGUGUAA